UGGCUGCUGGCAGUGUCGCGGGAGGCGGGAGCUGUGGGCCGUUGGGCCCUGAGGCGGUGUGGGGCUGUGCCGAGCAGUGUCUUUCUUUUCUUUUUUCUCCUCGUCGGUUCUCUCCAGCAGCCUUGUCCCCGGCUCCAGAAAUUGAUUAUUCUGUGUUUCUGAAGAUGAAGAGGAAAGUGUCAAAAGUUGGAAAACUGAGGCUUAGUCCUAAUGAAGAAACCAUGCUUCUGAAAGAAGAAUAUGAAAGAAGAAGAAAGCUGAGGCUGCAGCAAGUUAGAGAGCAACAGAAAUAUAUAUCCUUGCAGAUAAGACAGAAAGUAAAGCAGAGGAGGGAAGAGAAGCUACAUCAGUUAGAGGAGGCACUGAGAGUUGAAUGGCAGAAAGCACAAGAGGAGAAGAUGAAGGCUUUAGAAAAACUGUUUUUAUCAAGCUUAAGAGCUGUUGGUGAGGGUCACCGACAAGCCAAGGAGAAUGAACCUGAUGUAGAAGCCCUGGCAAAGCAAGGAGAGGAAAGGAAGCAAAGAGCAGAGAAGAGACAUAAGAGAGCACUGAAAGAGCAAAAGUUGCAGAAAGAGAAAUUACUUCGUGAACAAGCCCGACGAAUAGAUGCACGUAAGCACGCUCUGGAUGUGGAAAGAGAAAGAGCAGCCAGAGUUGCAAGCCUGCCACCUCCUCCUCCACAUCCUCUUGAGAAUCUGGAAGUGAAGAAGAUUGCUGCAAUGAAGGCCCACGGUGCUGGCAAAUUUUCUGUUACACGUUACCACAUUUCAGAACCUUAUGCAGACAGAGAAAUGGAUGCAGAACAGGUGAUUAACUCCCCAGUGUUUGUGAUACACACUUCCACCUUUCUUUCUUUGUACUGCAUUCCAUAUCUGGAUAUCACCUUAGCAAUUAGCUAAGUUAAUUGAUGUCCUUGCCCUGCUUUUUUCUCUUCUCUUCUUUUAGCUGUGUACUCGCAGUCUUUACUUCACAUUCAUGCUCAGAUGUUCAUGCAUUCAACAGCUUUAACUUGCAAAAGUCUGAUUUGGGGAAAAGAAUCCUGAAUAGAGCUUUGCCAAAUGAAAAGGUUUACUCAGGUUUACAGUACAAUCCCAGGUCAGAAUUAGAUCAGAAGAAAAGGAAGAACUGGAAAAGUAAAACAUGGAGUAAGAACUCAGCUUUUAGAGGUGGUGAUCUCUUGUUUAGCUGAUUUGUGAUUUGAGACCACAGUCUAAAUUCCUGUUUGCUAUCACCUUUGUUUAGAUGGAGUUCUCUUGAGACUCAUGAAUUUUUGAGUAUUCUCUCCAGUGGCGUUGUUCUUGUUCAUGAAUUUUAAGGUUUGAACAAUAAAGUCUAAACAAUAAGAGUGGGUGCUUUAGUCUGAACUCUUGGAGUUUUUGGAAAACUCCAAAAUGUUUUUUUAU